UCGGCUCAGGCCGGCUUGCGAGCUCCGAGCCCGGGGAGUGGGAGUAGGGGGACUUCUAGACCGGCGGGGUGUUGGAGGGCGGCGGGUCGCGGGAAGGGGGAGAGAGAGCAUGCGCAGCCCGUUCUGCUGAGGGGAGGGGGGACCCGUGCGCGCGCGCAAGAGCGGGCCGCCUGCGGCCGUGGGUUGAGGGGGCGGUUCCUCGAGUGUCGGCCGCCGGAGGGUGGGCAGGCUGGCGGCAGGUGCCGCCAAGGCCACUGCCGCAGCCACCUCCGGAUCCUGGGUCUCCUAGUCCUCCGGUGGUGAUGAGCUGGACUCCGUCGGGGGCUGCACCUGCCGGCUGCCCAUCACUCCGAGCCUCCCGGCGUGACCUCGGCCUCCUACCGCGCCCGAUCUCCGAUCUCGGCGUCGCGGGGCAGCCCCUGAGAGGGAGCAAGAGCGGCCUCCUCCACCCCGAGUGGUCACUGGGGGGCCGUGCGGGAAGAGCGCCCGGCUCCCUCCCCUCCCCCGUCUGCUGUCCUCAAUGUCUCCCCGGCGGGGAGGGGGCUGCCUGGGAGACGCGCUGAGCGGCACCCCCCGGAGGCCCAUCGGCCGCAGGAGCAGCGCCCAGCCCGUCGCCCCGCAGCCUUAUCCCGCGGCGGCGGCGGCCUGGAGGAGCAGCGCACCGGCCGCCGCUCCCGGAGCCUCACAGCCGCCGCCGCCACACGGCGCCCGAGGAGAGGGCGGCGGGCGUCCCCCGGGGAAGAUGAAGACGGAGGCGGGUGACCACUCCAUGAUCAACCUGUCGGUGCAGCAGGUCCUGAGCCUCUGGGCUCACGGGACGGUGCUGAGGAGCCUCACGGAGAUGUGGUAUUGGAUCUUUCUCUGGGCUCUCUUCUCCUCUCUGUUUGUCCAUGGUGCUGCAGGAGUGUUGAUGUUUGUGAUGCUGCAGAGGCAUAGGCAGGGGAGAGUAAUCUCUGUCAUUGCAGUCAGCAUUGGAUUUCUGGCUUCUGUAACUGGAGCAAUGAUUACUAGUGCAGCAGUAGCAGGUAUUUACCGGGUGGCAGGGAAGAACAUGGCCCCCUUGGAAGCGCUGGUGUGGGGCGUUGGACAGACGGUACUGACAUUGAUCAUCUCCUUUUCAAGGAUCCUCGCCACACUUUGAGGUUUCCAUAGAAAUGACUUACUUCACAUAAAGAAACAGAUGUACAGAUUCUCUGAAAAUGGCACUGUUAGCCAGUGGAAAUGAAAUCACACAAGAAUCUUGGAAGGAGCAGGUCAGAAAGUAAGGCCUUGAGCUGUGUGGAAAGAUUGCCCUCUGGUGUUCAAGUGAUUGCACUACCGCACUGCACCUUACGUGCCUCCAUCCCAGGCAAGGCGAAUUACACUAUGAGAAGCUACAAGAAAAAGCACCUUGUUUAGCUGCCAAUCAGGUUAACAUUGGUGUUGAAUCAUCAUUUUUAACAGUGUUGUGUUUAAGUUACAGGGACAUUUUGAAGAAUUGAUAUAUGUGCCAAACUCUUUUUUUAUACAUUGAUCAUGUGACAAUUUGCAAGUGUAGAUGUAGAUGAGUGCUGUGAACAUGUUUGACAUGAAUUCAGGUAAUGUAGUGAGAUUUUUAUUUUGUAAUGCUAAGUCCUGUAUGAGUGCUGAAUACUGAAUCAUUUACUAUGAGAUAAAUUAUUUGAUUUUCAUUGUUGAACGUUUCUGGGAUUUAGGGCUUUAAUAUGUUUAGGCAUUAUUGUUAUUCAGUUUAUAUGGAAAAUAAUACUUAAUGGAAAACUAGCUGAACUCAAAUUUAAGGACUCAAAGUAGAAAUAUAGGGUGCAUCCUUUUCAGUCACUUAAAUAACAGUCUUUUAAUAGUUUCCCUCAUAUAUAAAUGUUCUGUUGAUAUAAAUUCAAACCUUUAUGAAUAACACACACUGAUUGUGUUUGUGUGUCAUAAAAAUAUAAUUUAAAAAUUUCUUAUGAAUUUUGUUAGAAGUCUGAAAUGCAUGUUCUUUGACCCUUCUAAAGAAAGUGUUUGCCUUGUGUCUCGUGGAGAAAACAUCUUUAUAAUUAGUAUCACAGUGGGAUUAUAUUACUUGUUGCAUAUGUAUUGAUUUUUGACAAAAUGUAAACAGUCUUUCAUUUUGGAGUAUUAACUGUAUUUAAGAGUGGCCUAAAUUAGGCUGUGAAAACAAAAAGCCUCAUCUGUAGAUAAGUAACAGUAAGUUAUAUAGGGAUAUUAAUAAAGUAUCUUACUUUGGAUAUGUGGUAGCACGCUUUCACUAAGAAUUGGAGAAUUUAGUAAAUAAUUUUAAAAUUUGGCAGUUAUUCUCAGUAUAUAAAAACAGUACUGAAAUAUAUUUGAAUGUUUCAUUUCAGUUGUUCAGUUCUUGAUUUAUGCUGUUAUUUAAGUUUAUUAGAAUGUGAUGACAUUUAUUAGAAAUGAAAAAGCCCUUAGUAUAAAAUAUUUUAAGAGGUUUUGGCAGCCUAUCCUUAUUUUUAAGAGUACAUGAAGUAAGGAAAAGAAAACCUGGUUUAACUUCUACUGACACUUUUUUAGUACCAAGUAUAAUUAAAGUGUGCUAACUCAAAGGAGUAGCCAUUGCAGAGAAUAUGAGUUAAGGACAAUCCAAAAAAAUAAUCUGCACACUCUAGCCUUGCUGUUCUAUAACCUGAUAUGGUAAAAAGUAGGUUUCUAUUGGGUCCCAUUCAAAUUUAAGACCUUUGUUACCCAUACCACUUUCCCUUUACCAAACAAAACAAAUGAACAAACAAAAAACAAAAAAAAAAAACAAACCAGAAAAACCAACAACUUAACAGUGAAGAAUUGGUGGGGGCGGGGGGUGGGCACUUUCAUCAGUAGGGAAGCCAAUUUGGGGGAUUUUCUAAUGCUGUGACUUAGAAACUUGAUUAAAAAAAAUUAGCAGCUAUGCAUUCCUAGAGAUCUUUGAUCUUAAAAUUGAUUUUAAGUUAUGUAUAACCCUGAAAUUACUUUCAUGUGUUCUUUAUAUUUUUUAUGUUUUCCAAAUUAAAUUUAGGCAUACAUUUUCCAAAUCAAUUUGAUUUCUCCUUUUCUGUUAGACUUGAAUUCAGUGUUCUUUCUUUACUGUGGCUAUUCUGUCAAUAAUUUAAAGUGUUUGCAUUCUUUGAGGGGAAUUACCAAUAACAUAUUAGAGAUAUACAAAUGAAUAUUUAAACAUAUGGUUAUGUUACAAUUUAAGAAAGUUGUCAUGGUGAGGUAAUAUGGAGCAUAUGGUUCAGAAUCCACAAUCAACCAGAAAGUAACUUGGGUACAUAAAUGUAUGAAUGCAUGGACCAAAGAGAUUUAAACUCCUGUUUUUACUCUAAAAUGGAAAUAUAAUUGGAUGGCUAAUAAUUAAUCUGUAGAGUGUCUUAAUCUCAUUAUGAAGUUGCUUUACAUUAUGAAUUGUGUAUGUAUGUGUACUUUUAACCUGUGGGGGAAUUUUUCGGUUUCUUUGCUGUUUUCAGCUAUUUCUGUUGGGAUUUUUUGUAACUGGCACUCUCGAUGUUUUGAAAUACAGUUGAAUAGUGUGAAUUGAAGACAUUAUCUUAAUAGUUAUUUCUAUGCUGAGAUUUUUUUAAGUUAGUGGUUUUCUUAUAGAGACAAGAGUGUUUAAUGAUAUAUAUUUACACACACAUAUAUAUCGUUAUAUACAUAUAUAUAAAGCUGCUAUGCGAAUACAGUUGAAUUGGAAAGCUUUUGUUCGGUGAACAUGUUCAGGUUCUAGUGAAGAAUUUGUUCAGUUGAAUGAUCUUCUAAAUAGGUAUGAAGAUGUUUGAGAUUUUUUAAUUUGGGGAGUUUUGGGAGGGCGUUAAUAGUGCCAGAGAUGCUUGUUUUUGAUAUGACAAAAGCCCUUAUUGAUGUAUUUGUGUUAUACCUUCUUAAAACCUGUGAUUUUUCUUGUGUGAUAAAUGCAGGAAGGACAGAGGAAAUCCUCUGUAGUUUACACUUCUUUAUUUUUAGAAAAUGUUUAGUAAAAUAUUGGUGACAGUGAAAUCAGUUCCCCAAAGAAGAGACUCCUAUAUGCCCAAACUAAUUAUUUUUUAAUGUACUGGUUAGAAAUAUCUGUAGACUAGAGUUUAGUCAGGGGGCCUUAUCUAACCACAAAUGAUGCUAAAUGGAGAAGGUGCAAGUAAUUGCCCCCAUGGGAUGAUUCCAUUAGCCAAUAGUCUAGAAUAAGCAAAGUCCUAAAGGAUGGCUGUAUUCAGUGCUUACAGCUUAAUUAUUCUUAUUUUAGAGCUUAAUGUUUACCAAACAGUGUUACAGUUUGUUACCCAAUGUACUGUCUUAGUAUUUGUGGCAUUUAGUAUAUCCACUGCCCUAAAAAGUGUAAGGAUUUUAUUUGUACUUUAAGUGAGAAAUAAAGAAAUGAGCUGCCUUGUAUAUCAUGUAUCUGUGAUGUAACAAACAGAGGUAAUUUAAAGUCAAAGAACAUACUGGAAAAGUUCCUAGAGUACUUGAAUUAAGAUGAAGAGUGUGUAGUUGACAUGUUAAUAUGCCCAAGCUGACACUUACAGACCAACAAAUUCAAUUUUGAAAAUACUUUAGAUCUACUAAGUACAAAGUGCGAUACUGAGAGUUUUCUAUAGGAAAUACAAGGAUGGCUAAGAAAGGAUUCCAGCCCUGAGUUCACCAAGAGCCAGCAAGGUGGUUUCAAAUCCUGAAAAGAUUGGAACAACAUUUUUGCUUCCUAAUUCUAUUUAAGAGUUCAGGUCCUCCCCCUCACCCCAAAUUCUGAUAUUUCCAGUCUACCCACUAAAUGGAGUUUUGGUAAUGGAGAGAGCAUUGCUGCGACAGUGGGAGGAGCACACUAGAAUCUAAACCAAAGAUGUAGAUUUGAAUCCAGGCCCUGUUACUUGUUGACUUUUGUUUGUGAAUGGCAAAACAGUGAAGGUUUGACAGUAAGUGAUUGACAGUCAGUAGAAUUUUUUAAAUUACAUUUUGCAAUAGUAAUUAAGUAUGUUUUGAAAAAUUCAUCUACUUCAUUUAUUUUCCCUAUAUAUAUUUUAAGAAGGAAAAAAUUAAAAUUAUUUCUCUUACAAUCUUGCUUUCUGUUACCUCCUCUUUAUUUUUCAAACCAGCAGGUACUUACCUAAGAGCACUUUUAGGAGUUGCUGGUGGUGGAAAUGGCCAGAACAAGCAGGACUAAAUGACAGGUGGUGUUUACCACGGGUUAAAGUAGGAAAAGGGUAGAGGCAGCCAGUGUUUCCUCUUUUAUCUUACCCUGCUUCUUCCUUUGGAUUCAUUCAGCAAACAUUCACUGAGUCUCUACUACUUGCAGCUUACUGCCUUGUUUAAGGGAUGCAGAAGUGUCUCCUCUGUCGCCUGCCCGCCCGCCUUCCGCACCCUGGGUGCUGGCUUCGAAGCAUAUUGUACAUGCUGUAGGGAAAGAGAACUGGCUUCAGUGUCUGCCGAGUCCUUCACUCUGUGGGCCAAGGUGCUUAAGCUCUACUAGUUGUUUGUUUCCUUGUAUUUUUUUAACCUAAAAAAUACUGUUAUUUUUAAUUUAUGUUCAUUUAAUAAUUCAACAAGUAACUAUUACAAUAGUUACACAAAUUUUUCCUCUCAGAAAAUUUUAAUGGGAAUCUCUUCAAGGAGUUGUUACUUGUUUUUAAGGAGUAGAGAGUGUGGAAAGUCGCUGAUGGAACUCUGGUAAGGCCUAGAUUGCAGAGAAGUUAGGCAGCACUUGAGUAACUGGUUAAAUUGCCCUUUCUUUUAAUAGUCAGGGUGAGAAUCUCAGUGGUUAAAAUUGACUAGUAAUCAAUGAUCUCAUAAUUUCUCUUAACUCACUGGUGGCAAACACAAGUCCCAAGGGCCAAAUCCAGCCUAGCACCUUGUUUCUACCUGGCAGCAGUGCUGAGCUUCUUGCCCCUAGUUAAGGAGUAGUUACAUUUAUACAGCCCUAAAAUUACAUUUGGCCCUUUGAAGGCAACUGCAAGGCUGAUGUGGCCCCCGGUGAAAAUGAGUUUGAUACCUCUGCUAACUGUUGGUCCUUUUUAUAACAUCUGAGGGGGAAACUCUCCAGGAUAAAAAGGACAUUAUUUGAUUAAAAAUGAUAAAAAUUUUCAAACAUGUGGUAGCAUUUUCUAGCAGAGGGAAGCUUAAAGAUAGGGAUGCACAUUGGAGGGGUAACACAUGAAACAAAGGCGUACCUGAUGAAGUCCCCUGCAUUAUGUGGACAGUUUCCCCCCUUGCAUUAAGAAUAUAAACUACAUUGUAUGAGUAUGUGUACUGUGUGAGUCCAGAAUGCUGUUUCUUUCUCUGUGAGCCAACUUUCCACAAAGUAUUUUGAAAUCAUUAUUCCUUUUUUUUGGUGUGUGGUGGUGGUAGGUUUGCCCUUCUAAGUUAAGGAUCUCUGUUCACUGUAGGCAAUACAAUGUUUUUGAGCAUGUUGCCGAAUCAGUUAUCUAAAAAUGUAUCUGAAUUUGCUUGGAGGAAGUAGUGCUUAACAUAUACAGUAUUUUCAGUAAAUGUGGAAAUGUAUCAGUUAAUACUUUAUUAAAUUAGUGGACACAUCCAGAUUUCUGAGUGAACUGAACUGUAAACUGUAACCACCUCUUCCCUGCAUUUAGAAGACUCAUUUGCACAUUCUUUACAUUCAUGGCACAUAUAUUGAAGUAAUUUAUAAUAACCCUUUCUUGAUUUUAAGGACUACUUUAGCAAUUUCUUAAAAAUCUCCCUCCCCUUUCCAUACAGGUGUCAUAUGUUAUGGUUUAAACAUAUGUACAGCUUGUUGAUAGUGUCAGAAGUGCUGGUUUUGAAGAGAAUGUGCUUAACACCUUAUGGUUAUGCAACUGUAAUCUUACUGAAAAGUCAAGUCAAGAGACUUGAGUCAAGAGACUAUAGGCAAGUCAAGAGAGCAUGAACCUCUUACAUAUUUUUUUAGACCCCAUGCUGCACCCAUCCAUAGGUAUCCCCCCCACUGGAAACACAACUGCCCCCCUUUGGGGGGUGCACUGAGACACAUAACUGAAACUGGAACGUGGGGUAGUGUAAACAUACAGAGAGAGGAACUGUAAUGCAUAACUACCAUAACAGUAACCCUGUUCUCCUAAAUAUUAUAUGUAUUGGCAAUUUCUAAAGAGCAUCACAUUUUUAGAGCGCUGUGUAAGUGAAUGUUAACUUGAUGGUAUUACAAAUGAGAAAGGUUUCCUUUGUUUUUAAAUUAAUGUAUUUGCAUAUCAUCACUAAGUGUCUCUGGGAAGGAACAUUUUAAAAUUUUUUCCACAGAAAGCAAAAUAGAAGCACCUGUUUGAAUAGUAAUAAAAAUGGUUUACUUUUAAUAAUGGAUGAGUUGAUAGUCUAAUUAUUGAUACUUUCUUACUAUUUGUGAUAUUGGAUACAUUUAUGAUGGAGGAAUCUUUAAAAAUUCUGGUGCUCUGCACACACAUGAGCUCUGCACAUUUAGAUGAACAUGUGAAAUCCACAGUGUUUUUUCACUGUAGCCACACAACUUGGUAAAAUUCAUAUGAUUCUACCAUAAAGUGUUUAUUCCUGACUCCAGCCAUUCUGGGAUGAGGGAAUCAAUUUUACUUUGAAGUUAACCAACUAAAAUGUAUUUAUUUAAAUAGCAAAAAUAUACCUUACCUGAUAGAAAUUAAAAGACUUUCAAAUUGUGUUAACUCUCAGACCACUGAUGAAUCAUUUAGUAACCCGUUUUUAAAAGCUUAAUGAUGUCUCAGUACCUUGGAAGUUAAGAUAUUUUUCCAGAGUGAACCUAGUAAGAUUCAGGAUUGGCCUGUUAAUGAGGACGCAGAGUUAAAGGAAGGGUACAAGUGAAAUAACUCCUUAUAGUUUCAUAAAGAUCAAUUACUUUGCUAUUGGCAAUGACAGAUGACAACUACUUUCAUGUUGUAUUUGUCUCCUUUUCUCUUUUUUUUUUAAGUAACUUUGAAAUGGAGAAAAAUGUAGUCAAAACAAUUAAAAGUGGGAUUUUAAAAUUUAAUUUUAUUGUGAACUAGAGAAGCUAGUAAAAACAGCAUUAGUUUUGUUUUGUAGUACAAGGACAGAUACUUUAUGUAACCUUUAGAAAUAUGUUUACCAUCAGGGAUUUAUUUUUGCUAUCCAACUACUUAAUGUACUGUGAAGCUUAGCGACGGGAGGAGUCAGUGUCGGCGGGGCGGCGCACAGAUAUGGAGGUGGGUCUGGCCACGGCCCACGUUAGGUGAGCACGGCUUCCCUUCUGUUAAGAUGAUAAACUACACUGUAUGAAAAUAUGUACUGCAUGUUUACAUAAUAUAGUUUAAUUUUGAAGGAUUAUUUUUUAAAAAACUAUGUUUAUGUAUAAUACUUAACAAACUGUAAAUAUUGUACACUAUUGAUUUUUAAUUUUAUAUAAGCAAUUUUUUAAUUUCCCAAUUCAUGUGUAAAUCUCAUUGUGUAUAUAGCAUAGUUUCCUGGAUAACUCAAAUUUUGCAGUGAAUUUUAAUUAUUUUAACUGUGGUAAGCAUCAGGUUAGCCUUAGAGAUGUUGAUCUUUGUUUUAAAUUAUUUUUACCACUCAUCUCUUCAAAGGGCAGCAAUAAACUUAUGCAGGUCAUUUUUGAUUAUAGAAAGUUGGUCUGCAAAGACAAGCUCUAGGUUCCAGUUCAUUGCUUAAAAAAAUGAUGCACAAUUAAUAUCAUCCACUGUCUAAUCACAGGACCAUUUCUGAGGUCCAUAGUUGGUGUUCCUCUUUGUAACAUACAGGGUGAUUCUACUGAUACACACACAACAACUGUUAAAAGUGAAUCCAGCACUUCAAUGUCAUAACACAGAAUUUAUUGGAUUAAAAUUUGUAAUAUACAGUAUUUUAAUAAAGUUUCUGUAUUCAAUUUCAUGCACUUAUAUAUAAAUA